GAAAACUCCGCAAGCAUGGCGGCGUCGAAGGUGAAGCAGGACAUGCCUCCUCCAGGGGGCUACGGCCCCAUCGACUACAAGCGGAACUUGCCACGUCGGGGACUGUCGGGCUACAGCAUGUUUGCCGUGGGCAUCGGGGCCCUGUUCUUCGGGUACUGGAGCAUGAUGAAGUGGAACCGUGAGCGCAGGCGCCUGCAGAUUGAGGACCUGGAGGCUCGCAUCGCGCUGAUGCCACUUUUUCAGGCAGAGAAGGACCGGAGGAUCCUACAGAUGUUGCGGGAGAACCUAGAGGAGGAGGCCAUCAUUAUGAAGGAUGUUCCAGACUGGAAGGUGGGCGAGUCUGUGUUCCAAACGACACGCUGGGUGUCCCCCAUGGUGGGUGAGCUCUAUGGACUGCGCACAAAUGAGGAGCUUGUCAACGCCAACUACGGCUUCAUGUGGUACACGUAG